AAUCAUCCAUCUCUUGACCAUUUGCAACUUUGGUGCAAAGCUUCCCAGUCCCUCGAUGUCCAAUGCAAGUCCACAUAUUAGUUAGCGUCUGUUACCCGUUACCCAGGCAACUGAAUAUCCAAACAAUGCUCCGGUAUCGGCGAUGCUGGCAUAAGAGAGAGGAGGGGGGGAAUAUUCCCAGGCGUGCUGCUAUCACUUCAAGGCGCGUCAUAUUCUGCCAGGGACGUUUCCUGGAUGACCACUCCAGCCCCGGGGCAGUCGGUACUUUUCUGCACGCAUGGCUACUGUUGGUGUGUCAGAGUGAUAAUGAGCAAACGGAUAAUCCUGACAGGCUGGACUUUAUCCAGCUGCCACUUCUGGCCUCGGUUAGUGUGGAUCGAACACAUUCACACUCUCUGUCAGUCAGUCACCCGGUCUCCCUCUCUCUUUCCCCCCCUUUCCCUUGCUGUAGAUUUCUUAAUGUAGUUUAAUGGCUUUACAAAGAGAGCCAGGCAGACAAAUUCUUCCGUCCGUGGCUGAGCCAGACCAUGACCUAGCUCGACAUGAACCUAGAAGGGCUUGAAAUGAUAGCAGUCUUGGUCAUGAUUGUGCUCUUUGUUAAGGUGUUGGAACAGUUUGGGCUGAUUGACUCGGGCGUAGAAGGUUUCCUCUACACCCAGAGCAGUACCAAACACAGCAUUAAAGAGCGACUUAUGAAGCUCUUGCCUUGUUCAACUGCCAAAACAACAUCUCCUGAUAUUCAAAACAGCGUAGAAGAUGAAAUUGAAAUGGCCACUGUGCGGCAUCGACCCGAAGCCCUCGAAUUGCUGGAAGCACAGAGCAGAUUCACAAAGAAGGAGCUUCAGAUUCUGUACAGAGGGUUCAAAAACGAAUGUCCCAGUGGGAUUGUUAAUGAAGAGACCUUCAAAGAGAUUUACUCUCAGUUCUUCCCACAGGGAGAUUCCACAACAUACGCACAUUUUCUGUUCAACGCAUUUGACACAGAUCACAACGGAAGUGUGAGUUUUGAGGAUUUUGUAAUGGGCCUUUCAAUUUUACUCCGGGGGACGGUGCAAGAAAAACUCAACUGGGCUUUUAAUCUGUAUGAUAUAAAUAAGGAUGGCUGUAUAACUAAAGAGGAAAUGCUGGAUAUUAUGAAAGCUAUAUAUGAUAUGAUGGGGAAAUGCACUUAUCCUGUUGUCAAAGAAGAUGCCCCGAGACAACACGUGGAAACGUUUUUCCAGAAAAUGGACAAGAACAAAGAUGGCGUAGUCACCAUAGAUGAAUUCAUUGAAAGCUGCCAAAAAGAUGAAAAUAUAAUGCGUUCCAUGCAGCUGUUUGAAAAUGUGAUCUAACUCCACGCAAUUCUUUCUUCAAUAAAUGGACGGUAUGAACAAUCCUGCAACAACAAAUCCAUAAUGCUGUUGCCACUUUUACCAUAAAUCAGGAUUGCUCAGCUUUACACGGAUGUGUAUAACGCAAAUAAGUUUCGUUUGAUCAAAACCUUCCUACGGAGACCAUAUUUUUCCAGUAGUUGAGGUAAAAUAGUUCUCUUAAACAAUGCUCACGUAGUUGUCCUUAAAAAAAAAAACUUCAUUUGAUUCAGAGAACAAUCCAAAGAAACCAAAAUGAAAACGGAAUUAUUGCAUCCAAAACUUCAUAGAAGAGAUCCAGGAGAGAGGAAGAGGGCAGGAUCUGUUACUUGUUUCUAUUAGAUGAGUUUAUUAGCUAUAAAACUCUUUCAUUUUAUACUCCCUUGUGUAUUAAGACAAUCUUACACAAUUCUCAGUUAAAGGUUAUUACAGCUAAUUGCAGUUUGGGCACAAUCCUCCUUGUGUGCAGUAGAGUCCUGUUUACUCUGCCUUCCCUUAUGCUGACAUCACACCAGAUCAUUACUGGAAAGGGGAAGUCUGCAUGCAUUGAGCCUGCCCAUGUGCCCUAUUCCCCAUAAUGAUGGAGCACACAGCAUACUUGUCAAAUGUAUGCUUGUGCCCAGGCACACACACAAUCAUAGAAUUGUAGAGAUGCAAGAGACCCUGACGGUCAUCUAAUCCACACACCCCCAGAAGACACACAGACUCCAUUAUGUUCAGUGGAGAAUCUGUCCACCUAAGGAAGGGUUGAGCAUCUUUGCAUAGUAACCUGCAAUUAUUUUUUUAACUUCACAAUCAACCCAUUUUAUAAAAGAAUGUUCUCUUUUUUAUAGCAAAUGGUUACUGGAUCCAUUUAUUUAAUGGUUGCCUAUGGCUAACAUCUUCUGUCCUUAAGAUCACCAGUUUAUGUAAAAUUCUGUCUGAAUUUUAACUAACGUGUUAUGCUCCCACAUAAAGGAUAGAAAUUAGCUUACAAUGAGCGCUGCUUUGUUUAACUAAAGCAACUACCUGAGGGAACUGAACUACUACUUUCUACCUGUGGGACUGGCCAAAAAUUAUUAGUAAAAAAGGAACGAAUGUAUUUGUAAGUUUCUAAGCACUCACUGCUCAGGAUACAUAGCGGUAUAGAGUCAUGCUGGACACUAGACCGCAAGUUAUGAAAUUAUUUUCCUCCUGUUGCCUCCUCCGACUAUGGUGGAAGAUGCUUAAGUUCAUUAGAACAGUUAUGUAAAAGCAGUGGUGGUAAUGGGAUUUUUGAAAGGGGGGGGGAACUUUUUUUUUCCUUUAAAGGCUACUACAGGGAAGAAGCAUGUGUCAGGAUGGAACAGCAAUGGGCACAAGCAGGUUCCCUUCUACUUUCCUCACUGCCUUUUACAGACAUCGUUGUUGAACUGUAGCCAGCAAAGAGGCGUCUUCCCCCCUGCCCUCCAACAUAUUCAAAUCAUUUUUACAUGCCUGCCCACAAGCAUAUAACUACUGGUACCAGACAAUUGCAAACCUUAAUUGCGACAUUUCUGCAUAAAGGAUCUGAAGAGCUUACAGAAGUCCAAAGAGAGCUGCAAACUGUUUUUGCAAAAAAAUAAUAAAGCAGGCAUCUAUUCUGGUGUAGAGAUGGGAAUGAGGCAUGUUGAAGGCUGCUCUGCUAUCACCAGUGUAGGAAUAUGAGUAGUACAAUACAUGUACACUUGAAAUUUGCUGUAGUGUUUGUGAAAAUUAUAUGUGCACUUUAAUAAAAAAAAAAAAUGAAAAAUGCA